CCUUUCUCCUCCCGUGCGAAAACCCUCGACUCGUCGUCCUCCUCUCGCUUCUCCUACCUUCCUUCUAGAAACCUCCCCUCCCCUCCCCUCCCCCGAGAUCUCCCGGCGCCACACAGCUGCUCCCUCCGCCACCACCUCGCCCUCUCCUUCCCUGUGCUUGCGCGACGAUGGACGAGUGGGUUCGCCAAGCGGAGGCGUGGGCAGGCCAAGCAGAGCACUGGAUCCGCCAGCAACCCCCGGAGCAGAUUUACGUCGCGGUCGCCGUGAUUGCGGUGACGAUUCUGGUGCUGGUCGCAGCUUCUUGUCUGAAAUCAUCGAAACCGAACACCAUAGUUCUAUCCGGGCUUAGUGGCAGCGGCAAAACUGUUCUUUUCUAUCAGCUUCGCGAUGGGUCAUCACAUCAGGGAACUGUGACUUCGAUGACACAUAACAAUGCUACAUUUGUGCUGCACUCGGAGCUGGAAAGGAAAGGCAAAAUAAAACCUGUUCAUGUUAUCGAUGUUCCUGGUCAUGCAAGGCUGAAAUCGAAGCUUGAUGAAGUCCUGCCUCAGGCAGCUGGGGUUGUUUUUGUCGUCGAUGCUCUAGAUUUCUUGUCUAGCAUGCAAGCUUCUGCAGAGUACUUGUAUGACAUUUUGACGAAGGCAACUGUAGUGAAGAAAAGGAUUCCUGUUCUGAUAUUCUGCAACAAGACAGAUAAAGUUACAGCUCACUCAAAGGAGUUCAUCAAGAAGCAGUUGGAGAAAGAAGUAAACAAGCUCCGGGAAUCAAGGAACGCCAUAUCAUCCGCUGACAUCAGUGAUGAAGUCCAACUUGGGUUACCUGGAGAGGCAUUCAACUUCAGCCAGUGUCAGAACAAGGUGAUAGUUGAUGAAGGUGCUGGUCUGACUGGUGAUGUUUCAGCAGUUGAGCAGUUCAUCCGCGAGUAUGUGAAGCCAUAGAUUGAUCUUUCAUCCCAUCGUCAUAGUAGUGACUGUGUUUCUGCACAAGUGUAAUCUGAUCUGUGACUAAUUUUUGCCCGACGAAAGAAGGAAAAGUGGGAAACCAUCAGCAUCACCCCCUCCCAUUAGAUCUACUGUUGUCCUGACUUGACUUUGUGAGACAUAGAAAAUUGCAUUGGUAGCUUCUGACGAACGUUUGAGGUUCAGAACCUGAUCUGUUAUAGAAAUAUCGUUGAACAUUA